CCAUCCCCUCCUCUUUCUCUCUCCUAGCUUCUGCAAAUAGUUCUAUCCCCACAAGCUUCCAAACAAAGAGAAUUAAUGGAAAGUGAGAUUUGCUAGAAUUGUACUGUUGCUUCUGAUAAUUAAAAGGAAGCAUCAAACCACCAAACACAAUCCUUAUAAUCUAUAUGGCUGCCAUGUUACUAUUAUUGACUCUCCUCCUGCUUGAUCAUGAUGAUGAUGCCAAACCCCUCAUAUAAACCUCAGAUUCCAAACCUCUUUUUCUCUUCUUCUCUUUUCAUCAUCCAUGGCUUGUGCUGAGAUCAGCCACCACCACCAGUGCAUCAUCACUACCAUCAUCAUCAUAUUUGGGUUUUUUCUGGUUUGUCCAAUUAUUGUCCCAACAUGACCAUGGUUCCUUCUCAAAACGGCAAACAAAUCAGUAAUUAUGUUUUUUACAACACAAGUGCUAUGAACCAAGUUGAAACUGAAGGAAGCUACAAUUGCUUAUUAGGAUCUGAUUUUUUUGUGAGGCACAUGGCUGAGGAGGAAUCAUCAUCAAGAGGCACCAACACCACUAGUACAACUCAUCAUCAUCAUAACCAAUACCAAAACCAAAUCCAACCUGAGCCUGAAGCUGAAGCUGCAGGUUCUACCUCAAAGGAAGAAGGAGAAGGAGCAAACAAUAAUAACAAUAGCAACUGGCUUCAGUUGAGCAUAGGCUUUCAUCAGAGCCAGACGACCGUGCCAGCCACCAAACACAACCGUGAUCACCACCACGACCACCGCGACCGAGCUGGCUCAACAGCGGCUCCAACAACCGGUUCGGGGCUUGUGGAGCUUGAUUUGCUGCCACCAACAGAGCGCCAUUUUUCCCGGACUGGUUUGGAGUCACUGCAGCCAACCAUUUUCCCGGUGGCGGCCGGGAGGGGUUUUCAACUAGGAGGGUCUAGUGCUUUUGGUUCUUCUUUGCUUUUUGAACAAAUGACAACAACGUUGUUGUCUUCUUCAUCUUCUUCCAUUUCCAUGUCCAUGCCUAGUGGUCCAACCUUUGGUCACCACCAACCUCAUCAAGAAAUGAUGAACUUGACAUUUGGUCCACCACAACCUCAUUCCAUGGCACUCAUGCCUUCUUCUUCAUCUUUCAUUCCAUCUUUUUCUACUUCUUCCUCCUCGUGUUCUUCUUUGAGGCCUCCUUUAGGAUCUUACUAUCCAUCACCGUUAAUUCAUCCUUUCCCUUCUUCAUCUUCUCCUUCUCCUUCUGGGUUUGAUCAAUUAGACGUGGCUGGACCGAGUUCCGACAUCACCGUUCGAGUUGUUGAUCCUCCUAAGAGACCUCAUUCUGGAAUUUGGUUCAUGCUACAAGCCUCACAAAACCAAUCGAAAGAACCAUUCCUGCCACAAAUACCUAAAAACUACCUUAGGAUCAAAGAUGGAAGGAUGACAGUUCGGUUGCUGUUGAAGUAUUUGGUUAGCAAACUCAAACUGGAGAGCGAAUCAGAGAUAGAGAUAACAUGCAGAGGGCAGCAACUUUUACCUUUCUUGACGUUGCAGCAUGUGAGGGAUAACAUUUGGACUCAGAGGGACACCACAAGGCCUUUGCUUUCAGAUUCAUCAACCACAGAUCAUGUAAUGGUGCUCCAUUAUGGUAGAGCCACUGCAUAAAACAAAGUGAAUUGAAGGCCUCAAGUAAACUAACAGCAUGUUUGAAUUGACAGUGGACACAUAAUCUAAAGCACGAUAACUUCAGAAAUUACAUUUUGUAGCUUCUUUCCAAAUGUGAUUAUGAGGCUUCCACCACAGAACCAAUCAUGCUAAGUGUGUUCGUCUCUGCUGUAUCCUUGCUAGCUUACUUAAUUAAACUCAUUUUUUCUUUCUUUUUA